AUGCAGAGUGGGCUUAUGGCAGACCGGCUCCUCCUGAUCCAGAUUCAUCGGAUGAUGACCUGGCCGCCGAGCUGUUGGCAGGGAUCGGUUGACUCCUGUGCUCGAGUGAAUCGCUUGGCACGAUGUGCUUCCAAGAAGCUAGCAAAGACGGGACGCGACCCAUUGCUGAAAAAGUUGGCUGAUUGCUCUCGCAGCAAGACUAAGAACGGCAACGCUUGCCGUGGCCUCCACCGGCUAUUAGCUCGAGACGAGAAGCUCGCCCUGCCCGUGCAACUAUCCCAAGGGGGCGAAAUGUUGUUGUCCGGGUGCAACCUGGAUAACGACUCCGACUGGAAACAGCAGUUGAGGCAGUUCUGGUCGCGAUACCGCGGUAAGGGGGACUGGGUGUGGUUACGCAAAGCCUAUGCCUUGUACCCCGGAUUGGUACAACACAUCAAAGACUUCCGCAAUUCGCAGCUGGGACCCGGAGGCUCCUGGACCAGCCCCGUGGAAGGAUUGACCCAGCACAUACGUAUGCAAUUCAAGGCUUCGGGUCUACGCUGGCCACCUCUUCUUGCAUCCUGCUAUGCCACAUGGGUCUACCUGACGAUGAAGAAGCUGAAGAUGAAGUCGCUAGCGACAUAUCCUUCGGGUGUGGGCAAGGGAUUUGACACAAUCGUGCUGCUCAUGUGGCUGGAUAGCUUCUUGCAGGGAGAUGCAAAGUACCGAGAUGUCCUCCGGGUGCUUCAGUGGACCGUGCAGAACACGAACUUGUUCUAUCGAGGGCUCUAUCGGCGGGAUAUGGAACUUCAGCUUGACAACCCAUCCGGCUUCGUUCUCAACGCGACGCCCCAGCCGGCGUUGGACAAGAACACGCCCAAGGCUGUUUCCGGCCGUGCAUUGCGCGGCAGCCAGGAGCCCUCCUCCUCCUCCGGUGCCUCCGCGUCUUUGGCCGCCGUUGGCAUCGGAGCUGCGGCCCUUGGUGCCCGGGCGCUGAUGCGGCCGGCAGCAGCCAAGGCCCGAAGCGCCCGCGGAGCCCGGGAGUUGAAGGUCUUCCGCCGGCAGCAAGCCGUGAAGGAGAAGACCGUCGUAGUUGCCACGCUGGAUGACACGGAAGAGGCAGAGGAGAUCCGAAGGCUGGAGCUUCAAGCCGCAAAGUUGCGCGAGGAUGUGCUGCAGCUAGAGGCCGUUCAGCAGGAGGAAGAGAGGCGCAAGCGCGAAGCCCUGUUUCGCUCCUGGGACUUGGAUGCCUCCGGGACGCUGGAUGAGCAGGAGCUGAAGAUUGGCCUCAAGGAGGAAUGCAAAGUCGAGAUCGACGACGACAAGGCCAAGAGGCUUCUGAAGGCUCUUGACGACAACGGCGAUGGCGUGCUGCAGAACGAGGAGUUCUGCUUGAACCGCGUGGAGAAGAAGCUCCAAGAGUUCCGCGAUGAGGAGAUGGAAGCCGAGGCUGAGAGAAGGAAGAUCGAGGCACUGCAGCGCGAGAAGGAGCAGGCCGAGAAAGAGAAGGAAGAGUACCUGGCCAGCCUACCAGAGCGAAAUGAGGACACCAGUCUCCCAACACGACUCUUGGCUGCCUCUGCCUACCUCCUGCCCCUGCUGGAUGCCAGCCGCUUCGGAGUGCAGCUGUGCGUCCUGAAGCCGGAGCUAUUGCCCGUGUUCUCUGCGCUUAUGGCCCCGAUGGGCGUCAUCAACGCCAUUCCGUACGGCUUAGGCUUCCUCACCAUCUUCUUCGGCAUGCAAGCCAUCGCCGGAGACAAGUCGAAUCCAGCCUUGGUGCGCUUCAACAUGAGGCAGGCCAUUCAGUUGGACGUCAUGCUCUUCGUUCCUGUGGUCGCGGGCGUCAUCUGGGAUGCUGUGCAGAGCUACUGGCAGGUGGAGUUGUCGGCCAUCAGUGCCGUUUGUGCAAGCGCUGUGUUCCUCACCAUGCUGACCUUCAUCGUGUAUUCUGUUGGCAUGACGCUUCUCGGCCAGUAUCCGAAAGGGAUCCCAUUUGCUUCGGAGACAGCCGAGAUGGGCCUGAACGACACUCGACCCGGCUCGCCGGAUCCGGAGACAGGAGACUCGAAGAAGGAGUCGGAGUCGCCGUAA